AUGGCGGAGGAGAGCCUGGAGACAGAUGGCCCCAGAUCCUCCAUGCCGGCUGAGCUCCACCAUCCCCACUCUAAGUACUCUCAGUGGAAGUUUAAACUGUUUAGGGUGAAGUCCAUGGAGAAGGCCCCCCUGCCCAGUGAGACACAGCCUGAAAAAGGAGCCCUGUUAGGGAUCUCAGUUACUGAAGCUCCAAAUAUAGAGUUAGAUAAUGGUGUGGCUCCAGGGAGCGUUAUGAAAUUGUGCUUAGGAGGAAAAAGCAAGGAAAAUGUGGAGGGCCCGGGCCGGAGGGUAGAUAUGAAGCUUCAGGAAAUGGACACUCACAUGAACCACCUCAGGUGCUUGUGCCGUCUCUGUGGAAUGGUCCUGAGAAAAGUCAAAGGGCCAGUGCACAAUGUUCAUGAGGAUCUGGAUGAGUCAAGCAAAGGUGCCCUGCGUAAAAUGGGCUGCAAGGUUACAAGCUGGCCAGAGGUCAUCCUCAAAGUCUUCAAAGUGGACGUGACAGAGGACACAGAAUCUGUCCACCCUCUUUCUUUCUGCCAUCGCUGCUGGAUGGCUGCCAUACGAGGAGGGGGCGUCUGCAGCUUCUCCAGAACAAGAGUCCCUGAGUGGAAACCCCACUCUUCCCUCUGCCACCUUUGCUACCCCAGGAAAACUUCAUUCCAGCGGACUGGGAGGAAGAGGCGGAAAGCCAUCCCCAGAGCCCAGAGCUUGGCAAAAAGGACCCGGUGGGACCAUGGCGGCAGCAUUGCUGUUGGUGAGAGAAGGGCUCUCAGACCAUUUGGAGACCGUCAUCAUACUCCAGUGCUCAGGGGCUGGAGGAAACCCAUCACCCAGAGAGAGCAAUGGGUGAGGAAUAUCACCCACUGCCAGAAAGACCACCUGAGUACCAAGCUGAUCUCUGAGAAGCUCCCUGUAGACUUCCUCUUUUCUUUCACCUGCCUGGUGUGUGACCACCUGCUCUCUGAUCCAGUUCAGUCCGCCUGUGGGCACCUCUUCUGCCGCAGCUGUAUUAUAAAAUAUACCCACGUUCUGGGACCUCACUGUCCGGCCUGCAACUUGCCCUGUGCCCCUGAUGAUCUCACCCUACCAGCCAAAGCCUUCUUAUCAGCCCUACUUUCGCUGCCCCUGCUCUGCCCCAGAAGUGGAUGUGGCAAGCAGGUAACGCUAGACUCAUUUAAAGCUCAUUGUCUGGGCCAUGAGUUGGAUGAAAAGGAUGCAAAUGAGCACUCAUCAGAACUUGACAUUUACCUGCUAACCAAUAAAGGUGGAAGACCCCGUCAGCACUUGCUAUCGCUAACCCGUCGUGCCCAGAAGCAUCGGCUGAGGGAUCUGAAGAACCAGGUGAAGGUGUUUGCAGACAAAGAGGAAGGUGGCGACCUGAAGUCUGUGUGUCUGACGCUGUUUCUGCUUGCACUGAGAUCUGGGAAUGAACACCGGCAGGCUGAUGAACUAGAGGCCUUGAUGCAAGGCAGAGGCUUUGGGUUGCAUCCUGCUGUGUGCUUGGCCAUCCGGGUCAACACUUUCCUGAGCUGCAGUCAGUAUCACAAGAUGUACCGGACUGUCAAAGCCACCAGUGGCCGCCAGAUCUUUCAGCCCCUGCACACCCUGCGAGCUGCAGAGAAGGAGCUUCUCCCAGGCUUUCACCAGUUUGAAUGGCAGCCAGCUCUUAAGAAUGUGUCUACAUCGUGCAAUGUUGGCAUUAUUAAUGGGCUCUCAGGAUGGGCUUCCUCGGUGGAUGAUGCUCCAGCUGACACUAUCACUCGGCGGUUUCGCUAUGAUGUGGCACUGGUGUCAGCAUUAAAGGAUCUGGAGGAGGACAUCAUGGAGGGGCUGAGAGAGAGUGGGAUGGAAGACAGUGCUUGCACUUCAGGCUUCAAUGUCAUGAUCAAGGAAUCUUGUGAUGGCAUGGGUGAUGUCAGCGAGAAGCACGGUGGAGGACCAGUUGUUCCUGAGAAGGCGGUACGUUACUCUUUCACUAUUAUGUGUGUCUCUGUCCUGGCAGACGAUGAGAAAGAAGAGGUUACCAUCUUCACCGAGCCAAAGCCAAACUCAGAACUGUCCUGUAAGCCCCUUUGUCUGACAUUUGUGGAUGAGUCCGACCAUGAGACACUUACAGCUGUCCUGAGCCCUAUAGUUGCAGAACGUAAGGCAAUGAAAGAGAGCAGGCUCAUCCUGUCCAUGGGCGGACUACCACGCUCCUUCCGCUUCCACUUCAGAGCCACUGGAUACGAUGAGAAGAUGGUGCGUGAGAUGGAGGGCCUCGAGGCCUCAGGGUCCACCUAUAUCUGCACUCUUUGUGACUCCAGUCGGGCAGAGGCCUCUCAAAACAUGGUGCUACACUCUGUCACUCGCAGUCAUGAAGAGAACCUUGAACGCUAUGAAAUAUGGAGAACCAACCCCUUUUCUGAGUCUGCAGAUGAGCUGCGAGACAGAGUCAAAGGUGUCUCUGCCAAGCCCUUCAUGGAGACCCAGCCCACACUGGAUGCAUUACACUGUGACAUUGGAAAUGCCACUGAGUUUUACAAAAUCUUCCAGGACGAGAUCGGUGAGGUAUACAAAAAGGUCAACCCCAGCCGGGAGGAACGGCGGAGCUGGAGGGCAGCCCUAGAUAAACAGCUGAGGAAGAAGAUGAAGCUGAAACCGGUGAUGAGGAUGAAUGGGAACUAUGCUCGCAGGCUAAUGACCCAGGAGGCUGUGGAGGUGGUGUGUGAGCUGGUGCCCUCAGAGGAGAGGAGGGAGGCCCUGAGGGAGCUUAUGAGGCUCUACCUCCAGAUGAAGCCUGUGUGGCGUGCCACCUGCCCAGCCAAAGAGUGCCCUGACCAGCUGUGCCGCUACAGCUUUAACUCCCAGAGCUUUGCCGACCUCCUCUCCUCUACCUUCAAAUACAGGUACAAUGGAAAGAUAACCAAUUACUUGCACAAGACCCUGGCCCAUGUGCCUGAAAUCAUAGAGAGAGAUGGAUCCAUAGGAGCCUGGGCUAGCGAGGGGAAUGAGUCAGCAAACAAACUGUUCAGGCGUUUCCGCAAGAUGAAUGCACGCCAGUCAAAGGCCUUUGAACUAGAGGAUGUGUUGAAACAUCACUGGCUGUAUACCUCCAAGUACUUGCAGAAGUUUAUGGAAGCUCACAAAGACUCUGCCAAAGCUCUGCAAGCUACCAUCGACCCGAUAGAGAACCAGGAUGAUGAAGACAUGUCUUUGGAAAUCAAUGAUUUUUGAUUUUUCUUUUACUGUGAACCUUAAGUAUUACCAUUUUAUUGAUUUCAAGAUAGUUCUAUAAUGUUUAAUUGUCUCUAUCGGUAAUAUGAUUUACUUAAUUUACUUUCUAUAAACAUUGACCGAUAUUUAGAAUAACAGAAAUGGAAACAGAUAAAAAAAAUUUCUACAACUUUUCCUAUUUUGGUGUGAUUAAAGUAUCUUUGUUUCACAAAAUACCUUUUCAUUCGCACACAUGCUAAUUUCCAAAAUGUAAUGGAAAAUGUGUUCUAAAUGUGUUUUACUUGUUUUGAGUACUUGCCUUGCUUUGUUAGCUGUGUAGCUAAUAAUACAAAGAUGGGACAGCGGAGGAACAUAGAAGUAACACACAGGUUUCUUUUCUCUUGCUCUAAGCUGGAAAGUUCUUUCUUUUAUCUCCACCGUCUGUGAAAAAUUGCGCAGUUUAUUGUAUUGCAAGGAUAUGACACAUUUAUGAAUUUAUACAGAGAGGAUAUUUAUGGAAACGGAUUAAAGUGCUGUAAGUCAUGGAGGGAAAUUGUGUUAAAAAGACCACAUUUGUGGCCACUGUAUUAAUAUAUCAUUUGAGCUGGAGCAAAAUGCAAUCACAGAGACCCAAAUGUUCUUUGUUUCAUGAGUGCCCUCUGAAAAAGAUUACUUUAGUGCUUUAUCUUGGGAUCCCUUAGGGGCAGAAUAGAUGCUAGGUCACUUUGAACCAAUUUUUAUCUCUUUUAGUUUUUGCACAGUGGAGGAUAGAUGAUACUUAUUCGAAUUCUUCACAUAAAGUAAAGCAUAUACUGACCUUUUUGUUGAUAUCAUAAAAAUCCAGUAUGGUCCAUUACGGAGCUUAAUACCCCAUGGACUCUCCAACAGGCAGAGAUUUUUCUUAAGUGCUGUAUAUAACCUGGCUCUUUUUCUCUGCUGAUAUUUCUUCAUUCACACGGUUGACAGAGGAGAGGGAUGGGCAGGAGCUAGAAAGACCUGAUUUGUUGGCAACUUUAUUUGUUAGAUUGAUUGAUAUAUAUUUUCUUUCUCUGCCUGUCACAAUUUUGAAUUGUGACAGGCAAUUUGGUUUUCUUAUUUGAUUGAGUGUUUGAUUUUAUUUUACUGUCACAAGUUUAACCAUGUGACAGCUGUGGAAUAUUCACAUUUCAUUCAAUUUGUCACAGCUCUACAAUAACAUCAUGUUUUAGAGUGCAUUAUAUUGCAACUUGUCUCAUAUUAGUUUUUUUUUGCCAUAAUGAAUUGCAUUUCCAAAGUAGUGGAUGAUGUAUUUCCUCAUUUUGUGUUUCCAUAUUACACUAAAUAUCAUGUAAACUGUUUACUGCGGUUGCAGAAGACUUCAAGUAGUGAUUCAUAUUGCAUAGUAGUACAGUACUAAUACAGUAUUGCACUUCCACUACUCAUUUACAUUAUUUAUUUGUUCUUAAAUGCUGUACAGUAUUCAGAUAUCUGCUGUAUAUUUCACUGAAGCAGACAACUUAACAUUCUUUUGAUGUGUUAUCUUCAUAGAAGAGGAAGUGUGUACAUUUUUUGUCCUUGUUUCCUUCAAAGAAUAAAUAAAGUCAAAAUCUUGAUCUUGA